CUGUCGCAGGUGAAAGCUUGUAAACUUGGUCGGCAUCGCCCAUCCAUCCAUCCAUCCAUCCAUCCACCCGUCGGCUUUCACCGCGAGCUUCAUCCUUGCAUCAAUCCAUUGGCUUAUUUGCGCUCGUCUGUAUCGCACCCAAAUCCCCCGAUCCACCCACAAAAGUUAGAAGUUAUCACCAUGGCUGAACCCCAGGACGAUCUUAUUGACUACGAAGAGGAGGAGGAGACAGUGCAACCCGAGGCCCCCGUCCCGGCUGCCAACGGCAAAGAGCUUGCUGGUGCUGGCGGGGCGGAUGGCGCUGACAAGGAGACAAAGAAGGGUUCAUAUGUCGGUAUUCACGCUACUGGGUUCAGGGAUUUUCUUUUGAAGCCAGAACUUUUGCGUGCUAUCGUCGAUUGCGGUUUUGAGCAUCCCUCAGAAGUGCAACAAGAGUGCAUUCCUCAAGCAAUUUUGGGGAUGGACGUCCUCUGUCAAGCGAAAAGUGGUAUGGGUAAAACCGCCGUCUUUGUGCUGGCGUCUUUGCAGCAACUUGAGUCGAAUGCAAGUGGAGAUCCUUCGGUUAUCGUGUUGUGUCACACCCGUGAAUUGGCAUACCAAAUCCGAAAUGAGUUCACUCGGUUUUCAAAGUACAUGCCCGAUGUGAAAACAGCGGUGUUCUACGGUGGACUGCCCAUGAAACAGAAUCAGGAGACACUCCGUAACGACAAGCCUCAAAUCAUUGUUGGAACACCUGGACGUAUCCUUGGUCUUAUUCGGGAUAAGCUGCUCAACCUCAAGAAUGUGAAACACUUUAUUCUGGAUGAAUGUGAUAAGAUGCUUGAGCAACUUGACAUGCGCCGCGACGUUCAGGAGAUUUUCCGGGCCACUCCUCAUCACAAGCAGGUCAUGAUGUACAGUGCGACGCUCAGCAAGGACGUGCGACCCGUGUGCAAGAAGUUCAUGCAAAACCCUCUCGAGAUCUACGUUGAUGAUGAAACUAAGUUGACUCUUCACGGUCUUCAACAAUACUAUGUCAAGCUAAAUGAAAACGAGAAGAACCGCAAAUUGAAUGAACUGCUAGACAGUCUAGAAUUCAACCAAGUCUGCAUUUUCGUCAAGUCCGUGCAACGAGCGGUUGAGUUGAACAAGCUGUUGAACGAGUGCAACUUCCCGUCCAUCACGAUUCACUCGCAGAUGCCUCAGGAGGAGCGUAUCAACCGGUACAAGAGCUUCAAAGAGUUCAACAAGCGGAUUAUGGUCGCCACUGACAUUUUCGGUCGAGGAAUUGACAUUGAGCGUGUCAACAUUGUAAUCAAUUACGACAUGCCUGACAGCCCCGACUCUUACUUGCACAGGGUCGGUCGUGCAGGACGUUUCGGUACCAAGGGUCUGGCGGUCACCUUUGUAUCCUCGCAGGAAGACUCAAACGUGCUCAACGACGUUCAAGGACGAUUCGAGGUCAACAUUACAGAGUUGCCAGAUCAAAUUGAUGUGUCCACAUACAUGGCAUCUUAAAUGUGCUUUGAUUUUCAGUUUUGUGAAUGUUUUUGUAUACUUGACGCAAGGUGUGCGAAAAGAUUUGAUUUGAUCCCCAAUCAUUCAAGUGGUGGAGCAGUGUUGUAUCAUUCCUGAUUGGACGAUGCUGUGGGAAAUCUCUAUCCGGAUGUCCCAUGUACAUUUGGCGUAUGCUAAUGUUUGCGGGCCCUGUUUUCUUUUUUCUUAAUGUAAAAAUGUUUUCUUUCGAGGAAGUUGAUCUCUUGGAGGCUGUGUAGAAAAUGUAACUCGUGGCCGCUGACUGUUUGCUGGUUGACGUUUUUGAAAUCCAAAAUAACAUCGCCGCAGUAGCAACCUUCAAAGUCUCGUUGUGAAUUUCCAUCUUUCCAUUUCGCAGUCUCGAUUUCGGUCUUAG